UCCUUCAAAUUGUGAUCGCAAUUGUUUGGAGUUUUUGUUUAAUCAACUUACCGGUUUUUUAAUUAGUCCAUUUAUUGUUUAUUGUUAACUGAGAAAUUAUCUUUUCUAAGAAUAUCGUGUUGGUUCAAGAUUCUAGCCAAUUGUUUAGAAUCUCAAAGAUAUUUGGUUAUUCAAUUUGCUCUUGGGGUUGUGAUUGUUUUGUUUAUCUUUUUGUUACCCUUACUUUUGACCUUUUUUUUCACUUGAUUUUAGAGAAUCAAAUUUUGAACGAAACAUGCAUCGUUUGGGUGAUUUAAUUAGCAAUCAAAAGUCACCUAAAAGUCCAUCUUCUCCUGCUACCAAUUAUGAGAAUGAAAAGAAUCGUAAGUAUGAUCGACAAUUGCGAAUCUGGGGAGAUUCUGGUCAAUAUUUGAUUGAAGGAAGUUCAGUUUGUCUGAUUAACGCAAAUGCAACCGGAACUGAAAUUUUAAAGAAUCUUGUUCUUGCUGGUAUUGGUUCAUUUACUAUAAUUGAUGGUUCCAAGGUUUCCACUGAGGAUGAUAACAAUUUUUUCUGUGAUACAUCUUCACGCCUUGGUAAAUCUCGUGCUUCUGUUGCCUGUCAAAUGCUCCUUGAAUUGAAUCCUGAUGUUUCCGGUGAUUAUAUUGAAGAAUCAGUUGAAACUCUCAUCGAGAGUAAUCCGUCAUUGUUUAAAAAUUUUACCACCGUUGUUGCUGCUAAUGUACAUAAUGAGAAAACUCUGUCUAAAUUGUCAGAGAUCACUUGGAAUUAUAACAUUCCCUUGAUUCUUACCUAUUCUAUUGGUUUUGUUGGUCUUAUUCGAGUUCAAGUUCGUGAACAUCCGGUGAUUGAAGCUCAUCCCGAUAAUUCACUUGAAGAUUUACGAUUAGAUCGACCAUUUAAAGAACUUACUGAGUAUUUCGAGUCAUUUAAAAGUUUCGAGGAUUAUAGUCGCUCGGAAGUAUCACAAAUUCCAUUUGUUGUCAUUAUUUACAAAUUUCUCAAAAUAUGGCAAUCAACUAAUGGUAAAAGUCCAACGUGUUUACCUUCAUCUUUUAAAGAAAAGGAAGAGAUUCGUAAAUUGAUUCGAGAAUCGAUGAAGAAAAUUAAAACCAGUGUAAAGAACAAAAUAAUCAAUGAAGAAGAAUCAGCUGAAAAUGCUAUUGAAUCGGAAAUCGAAUUGGAAAAUUUUGAAGAAGCAAUUAAAUCAGUGAACACUGUCCUUAUAUCAUCAAAUAAGAUUCCAAGUGAUACUUACGACAUUCUCAAUGAUCCAGUUAUUGAAAAUUUAAUGGAGAGUAAAAUUGAAAAUUCUAGUUUUUGGUUACUAGUAAAAGCUUUAAAAGUAUUUUUAAGUCAAAAAAGUGACGGGUGUUUACCUGUUCGAGGAUCUCUGCCCGAUAUGACCGCGGACACGACAAAUUAUGUUAAAUUACAACAAAUCUAUCAAACCAAAGCCCGUGAAGAUGUGGAAACCCUUUACAGUUGCCUUACCUCUGUAUGUAAUUCAUUGGGUAAAUCAAUGGAUUCAAUUUCAGAGGAACAAGUGAAAACUUUUUGCCGUAAUUUACAUUGUCUCAAAAUUAUCCGAACAUCGCCCAUUUGGCCUGAAUUUAAUUCCAAUCCCGGUGACGAUGAUAAAAGUUCAGUUAAAAUCUCAAGUAAAUUACGUGAAUUGAUCAAUUGCGCUGAUUUUGAUGGUGAUGAAAGUGAUGACCUAAUAUUUUACUUAAUGUUCCGAUCAAUCAGUAGAUUUUAUACUCUUUACAAUAGAUAUCCAGGUUAUUGUGAUGAUCUUGUUGAAAGUGAUAUAUCAACACUUAAAAGCUGCUUAAAAGAGAUAAUCAAUGAUUUAGGUUGUAACAAUUUAUCCAAAGAUGAUUUUGUCCAUGAAAUGUCUCGUUAUGGUGGAGCUGAAUUACAUUCAAUAUCUGCAUUCAUUGGAGGUUGUGCAGCCCAGGAAACAGUUAAAUUUAUCACUAAACAAUUUAUUCCUCUUAAUAGUAUCUUAAUUUACAAUUCAAUGUCAUCAAAAACGUCAACUUAUCAAUGGUAAAAUCUUUGAUGAUGAUUUAAUCAUAAUCAGAAUCAAUCAAUCAACAACAACAACAAAACUAAUCAAAAAGAAAUUCUCAACAACUAAUAACAUUUAAGUUGAACUAAUUUUCCAAUUCUGAUAUUCUGAUUGAUUCAUUACUGAAUUAAUUUUUUCUCUGCUUUUUAAACAAACAAUAAAGUUAACAAUUGAAUCAAAUUUGA